AUGUAUCAGUGGAACUUACCGUACCGGAAAGAUGACGUGGAAGCCGGCGGUGGCUCAAGGCCUUUAUACCCAACUAUGCUUGAAAAUCCCGAGCUCCGGUGGGGAUUUAUACGCAAGGUCUACUCCAUAAUCGCCUUUCAGCUUCUAGCCACCGUCGCCGUCGCCGCCACGGUGGUCACCGUCCAUCCAAUUUCUCGGUUCUUCGCCACCACCGGCGCUGGAUUAGGUCUCUACAUAGUCAUCAUCAUCACACCCUUCAUAGUGUUGUGCCCGUUGUACUAUUACCACCAGAAACAUCCGGUGAAUUACUUUCUCUUGGUGAUUUUCACUAUGGCUCUGGCUUUUGUCGUUGGAUUGACUUGUGCCUUCACCAAUGGGAAAGUGAUUCUUGAGUCAGCGAUCUUGACAACGGUUGUGGUGCUUUCACUCACCUUGUACACAUUCUGGGCUGCUAAGAGAGGAUAUGACUUCAAUUUCCUGGGACCUUUCUUGUUCGGCGCUCUCCUCGUGCUUAUCGUCUUUGCCAUGAUACAAAUUUUCUUCCCAUUAGGGAGAUUGUCGGUGAUGAUCUACGGUUGUUUGGCAUCGAUAAUAUUCUGUGGAUACAUAGUCUAUGAUACAGACAAUCUGAUCAAACGUUACACAUACGAUGAGUAUAUUUGGGCAGCUGUUUCGCUCUACCUAGACAUCAUCAACCUCUUCAUGUCUCUUCUUACUGUCUUUAGAGCCUUGCAAAGAUAA